AUGGAUUCCCGAUCAUCAGGCCGAAACAAAAGGCCUCUGGCAAGCUGGGGCCAAGCAUCAGGUCCAGCUCAAAAAGACUCUCGAUCCUCCGAGCGUCGGCCAGCAGACCCUCCAGGCGACACACAAGCGCACGCCUGCACAAGCCACCAAGAUAGCGCGAGCACACCUCCGCUAGUGGCGCAGCCUCACCCCCAGUCCCAUCAUUUUCCCACCCUCAACCCUCUCCCCUACCCAUGGCCCCCAGCCCCUCCAUCCAGCUCUAGUGCAAGGCCGCCUCAGCUAGCAGCAAAAGCCCCGACGUCCACCAUUAGCUCCCUUUUCUCUCAUGUGUUCCCCACCCUUGGAGCUGACCAAAGCAUAAGGCCGCCUCCGCUAAUGGCACAGACUCCGGCGCCCGUUAUUCCCGCUCUCUUUCCUGCUCUCUCUUCCCAUCUAGCUCCCGGAACCGUUCCAAGUGCGAGCCGGCCUCCACAGGCAGCUCCGUCAGCUAGUUUCCCCCCCGCCCCCUCCAUCUCUCAUGCCCGUUCAUCCUUCUCCCUGUCCUCAGCCAAGCUCCUACCCAUGUCACUAAAUGCCCCCGCCUUGGAUCCUACACCUGUCUCCAGUAACAUUCGGAACCAAAUUCUCUCAGGAGGUCAGGGUGGACUACCUGAGCACUCCUGGCACAGUGAGAGGAUUAUUCUGCCUCUGUGA